AUGAGAGAAGGAGAGAGCGGGAACGAGUGUUUGAAGGCGAAACAUUGUGAGGAUGGCGGCCAUGCCGUCGGAAGAGAUAAGGGGGAAAAGAAAUCGAAAGCCUUUGCACUUGCAGGAUCUCUAUCUGGGGGUAGUAUAGCGACAGUGGUGGACAAGCAGGGCGAUUCCCAACCUCCAUGUUUACACAGCUCUUUCACACAAGUUUCGGAUGGUUUUGAUCUGCUUGAUGUGGGGUUUGGGUACUUCAUGGUAAAAUUCGAUGCAGGUGAAGAUCGUGAGGAGGUCAUGCUUGGUGGCCCGUGGUUGAUUGAUGGACACUAUGUUGCUGUAAAACCGUGGGAUAUAGAUUUUCGGCCAUGUGAGGAAUCCUUCGGGUCUACACUUGUAUGGGUUCGGAUAUCGGGGCUCCCAAUCUGGUGCUAUCAGGAACAAGCCAUGAUGCGUAUUGCUUCUGCAAUAGGAGUUCCCAUCAAAGUUGACUUAGCCACUAAGUUGGCUGAGAGAGGACGAUAUGCCCGAGUAUGUGUUCAAAUAAAUUUAGGACUGCCAGUGAUCAAGCAUAUCAUUGUGGAAGGCGUAACUCAUGUAGUGGAUGCUUGGGUAGAGACUCUAGGGAAGGAAAGAGUGGGUAGAGACUCCAAGAAAAAAAAGAGUGCUGAUUCCGAUGCCACCAAGCCACGAGACGGUACAAAGGCAGUGCCACAUCCUGAGACCAAAAUUCACAAUUCAAAUGAAGUAGAACCUGAUGUGGUAGGUGGCGUUACUGGCGAGAAUCCUGCACCGAGUUUACAAAAGGAUUUAGAGGCUAAUAAUUUGGAAGGAAAUAAUGUUGAGGAGGCUUGCAUGCAUGAUGAACCAGGCUGGGAGCAAGUUGUGAGGAAAGGUAAAACCAAGCUGGGCCAGAAGCAAUCUAACAAGGUCCAAAGAGGCACUCAAUCCAGAACCAAUUCGGAUAGAGUAAUCAGGCCCACCAUCCACUUCUCUCACACGAGUGGAUCCAGCUCUUAUCGCGCCAGGGUCGGGUCACGAGUCAAGGUCGGACACAGCGCUUUCCGUGUUGGUGAGACGUCGAUCUCCUCAACCCGACACACCCCAGUGCCUUGCGGGUCCUCUCUCCGGAAACGACCAAGACCGGGGUCCCUACAGAGCUCGCCAGCUGAGAAGAAUGGAGGCACGGUGGUGGAAGCAUCGUCAUGUCUUCCUGCAACCAUGAAGGAGGAUGUUACCGUGGCGGUUUCAUUGGUGAAGAAAGGCGCGUUGCCGGCUGUUAUUGCGUCGGUAUGCGAGAAUAAGGAGACAUUCCAUGGAGAUCCAGAAAACCUGAAGGUCACGGGAGUCACUUCUGCUGGGCAAGCCUCGGGUGUUCACUGCAAAUGGGUUGAUGCUUUCGAUCAGUGUGUUACAGUUGAGGUUCAGUCUCCAUCUUUCUGCGGGCCAUGGAUUGUUCUUGGUGAUUUUAAUGAAGUACUAUUCUCUCAUGAAUCUAAGGGUUGCCUCUUCUCGAGUCGUCAUGCAGAUCGGCUUGCUACAUCUCUAGGGGAUAGUAAUCUGUUUGACUUGAAGACUAUUGGAAGACGGUUUUCUUGGUACAGAAGGGUUAAAAAUGGUGUUGAGGUGGCGAAAAAACUUGACCGGGUCUGUAUCAAUAGUGGCUGGCUAUCUCUCUUUCCAGAGGCUUAUGCAGAAAUUUUAAAUAGGCUUCAGUCUGAUCAUUGUCCUAUCCUAGUGCGCUGUGCAGGUCGUCCCCAACCGAAAAAGAAUAGACCUUUUCGGUUUAUUGCGGCUUGGGCAACUCAUCCGGAGUACAGAAAUAUUGUGAACCAGUCAUGGCAGGCUGGCUACAGGGAGAUGCAUGGCAAGCUUUCAGAAGUGCAGAAGAACUCUUUGGAGUUUAAUUCUAAAGUGUUCGGCAACAUUUUCGUUAGGAAAUGCAAAUUGGAGAGACAGAUUAAUUUCCUUCAGAAGCGACUUGAAGUAAUGGAGGAUUUGUCUAUGCGGCAAAGAGAAAAACAACUGAUUGAGGAAUUUAAUAACAUGCUUGUGCAGGAGGAACUUCUAUGGUUUCAAAAAUCCAAAGAGCAGUGGACUCUUGUGCGGAGAAAACAUAAUAAGAUUAAUGGUCUCUUUCUUCAAGAUGGGGUAUGGGAAACGGACCCGGAUGUCCUUAGAAGGGAAGCUGAAUCCUUUUAUAAACACCUAUUCUGCCAGUCGGAGGAUGUAGACUUAGGUUGUCUUAGUGAUGUGCCGCUACCUUCCCUGAAUGAUGAAGCCUGUUGUAGCCUCACAGCGCCAGUUAUUCUGGAAGAAGUUAAGUCGGCCGUUUUCAGUAUGCAUUCUUUUAAGGCGCCGGGCCCUGAUGGGUUUCAAGCUUUAUUCUUUAAAGAAUACUGGGAGAUUGUUGGUUUUGAUGUUUGGACUAUGGUUCGUCAUGCGUUCUCUGGUUUGGAUAUGGAUCCAAGGAUGAUGGAAACUCUUGUGGUUCUUAAUCCGAAGGUAGAAAACCCGGUUUCCAUGAAGGAUUUCCGACCAAUUAGUCUCUGUAAUGUGGUUUACAAAGUUAUAACGAAGGUCCUGGUCAAUAGACUUCGUCCCCAUCUCAAAGAGAUUAUUGGUUCCCUUCAAUGA